AUGGUAGAUUCGGAGAACGCGAUAAUCAUAGGCAUUGACUUCGGCACAACCUUCUCCGGAGUGGGUUGGGCAUUCUCGGGCCAGCCCAACGACAUUGAGGUCAUUACCAGAUGGGAGGCCGAGCUCAACUAUACCUCAGACACCGCGAAGACGCCAACAACGAUUCUGUACCAGAAACCUCGCGGCGCCGUCUGUUGGGGUUCUGAGAUAACAGUCGAGAAAAGUCAUGAUGCAAUGAAGUGGUUCAAACUUCUUUUGGUUGAUGAUGCGGAGCUUCCUGCAAACCUCCGAACGUCUUCGCAGAUCGCUGAAGCCAGGAAGCUUGUCAAAGAUGCAAACAGAGAGCCAGUUGAUGUCAUCAGCAGUUAUCUUCGACGUCUAUGGAAUCAUUCUAUUGAAUGCAUUAGCAUCUCCGCCGGAGAGGACCUCGUCAAGAUGUGCAAGUUCCACGUCGUCAUCACUUUGCCCGCAAUCUGGCCGGACUAUGCAAAGGUACGAAUGAGUCGAGCAGUAGAGAAUGCCGGAAUUCUCGAGAAGCGUCCAGUCGGAAAGACUGUACUGUCUUUCAUUUCGGAGCCAGAGGCUGCAGCCCUUGCAACGUUGAAAGACCUAGCAGGCAGACCAAAUAUCAAGGUGGGCGAUCACUUCAUCGUUUGCGAUGCUGGUGGAGGUACGGUCGAUCUCAUGAGCUACGAGGUACUCGGCCUGAAACCUUUGGCCGUUCGAGAGGCUAUCGAAGGAGACGGAGACAUGUGUGGCGGCGUGUUUCUCGACGAGGCAUUCAUCGAAUUAGUCAAAGAGAAGGUCACACCCCAAGCCUGGGCCAAUAUUCCCAAAGACGAUGCGGCCAGUAUCCUCAAUGGGGACUGGGAACACGGCAUUAAACAGCAAUUCAACGCUCAAGACCGUGACUGGCACAUCAAGCUGCCCCCCGAGUGUCAAGCUAGAGGAACAUCCAAGCGUGGAAUCAAACGCAAGCGGAACCUCAUGCUCAAUGUGCAUGACCUUCUCACUGUGUUUGACCCGAUCGCUAUCAAGAUUGCGGCCUUGGUACAGAAGCAGAUUCACGGUGUUGAAGCCAAGUGUGGCAAGCUCCCCAAGAACGUUAUCCUAGUCGGAGGAUUUGGGAGAUGCCGCUACCUUCACAGUCACCUUCAGAGCACUAUGGAUAAGAACAUCACACUCCUGCAGUCCACCGGAUCCAAGCCAUGGACCGCCAUCUGUCGCGGCGCGGUAAUUCACGGACUUUCCCAGCAGGGCCUCUCUCCAGGCCUCUCUAUCAGCGUCAAGUCCAGAAUUGCCCGAGCUAGCUACGGAAUCAUCACCAACAAGAGGUACGAUCCUAGAAUUCACAGAAAGGACCUCAGAUUCUGGUGCACAGACGAACACUGCUGGAAAAUCAAACAUCAAAUGGAGUGGUUUCUCAAGCAGGGCAUGGAUGUCUCAAGCACCGAACCCAUUCGCAAAGACUUCUAUCAGCUAUUCGAGACUGCCCCAGAAACAAUCUCACAGACGCUGUGCAUCAGCACGGCAUGGCCUCCGCAAGUGGAGUACAGCGAAGCUGUCAAGAUCCUAUGCGCCAUUGCUUGGAAUAAGGAACUUGACUUCGAGAGCAUGCCUCGUUACACCAAUCCAAUUGGCAAGGUCUUCCACAAGCUCGAAUUCGACAUUGACAUGAAGUGCGCUGGUGCAAGCAUUGACUUCACUGUCUUUCAUGAUGGCAAGAGCGUAGGAUCCAAGAACGUUGCAGUGGUCUUCGAGGGUGAGGUGAAGGAUGAGGAGGUGGACGGCUCGGACGAGGAAGAUGCCAAGUCAGAGGCCAACUCUUUCUGA